AUGUCUUCCUCACAAGCAUCUACUUCUACUUCGGCGCUCAACUCGGGCUUCCUCCGCCGACACCCUGCCAGCUUGAUACCGAAGCUGGUGCACAACCCCGCCGUCACCGACCUCAUCAAGAGCCCAGUGACGCGCGAGAUGGUCGUCUACCUCGCCAACCAGGCUGCGCACGUCAUCCAGUGCGGCUCGACACAGUCUCCCGACACACCACCAGCGACACCACCACGCUCCAUCGCCUCGGCUGAAGCCGACCCAGCGGGCAAGCUCGAGAUCAACGGUCUGCCCAGCCUCGAGACCUUCAUCGCCCUCCUCGUCGAGCGAUCCAAUGUCCAGGUGCCUACCCUCCUCUGCACUCUUGUCUACCUGGAUCGCUUGAGGUCGAGACUUCCCCGCGUCGCCAAGGGCAUGCACUGUACUCGUCACCGUGUCUUCCUCGCCACCCUCAUCGUCGCCGCCAAGUACCUCAACGACUCGUCGCCAAAGAACAAGCACUGGACCAAGUACGGUGCCCUCUUCUCGCAGGCCGAGGUCAACCUCAUGGAGAAGCAGCUUCUCUAUCUUCUGGACUAUGACCUCCGCAUCGAGGAGGACGAGCUGAUGGUCCACUUUGCUCCCUUCUUCCGCCGCGUCGAGACGCGUGCUGAGGCCGGUCGUCGCGAGAUGCACCUUCGCGGUCUCGACUGUGGCCGCGAGCGCGAGCGCUACGUCCGUGCCAGCGAGCGUCGUGUUCACCUCCGCAGCCUUCCUGCUUCCGAAGUGCCCUGCUGGAACCAGAAGAGCGAGGCAACUCGUUACGAGCAGCACCGCCGUUCCGCUGCAUACGACUCGCCCGACUCGCUCGAUGCCUCGCCCAAGGAGCUCUACCAGUCUUCCUCUCUGAUGAGCCGACAGGAUUCGGUCGAGUCGACCGUCAGCUCUGCCUCGUCAGAGGCCGAGCUCACGGACGACAACGGCUCUUCCUCAUCAUCAGCGGAAGAGUACGACGACUACGAGGACGACUAUCUGGAGCAAGAGGGGCUCGACGCACGCAUGCAGCAGCAUUCCGUGUCAGGGUUGCCCUCGAGUCAGUCGCAUCCCGUCAUGGUCUCUCACGGCGAGGACCUGGAUGGUCCUAAGUCGGGCUCUGCCAUGCACCGCUACCUCUCGCAGGCGUUGCCAUCGAGUCUCAAGAAGAGCACCUCGUCGCACAUUGACAUGCAGCAGCCGAGUCAAGCACACAUCCCCCUUUCGCACUCGAUGCGCAGUGUGCGUAGCAGCUCGAAUUUGUUGUCGAGGAUGCUCGGUGGACACCAGUCUUCCGCUGCGUACUAG